AUGGCCGAAGCAGCGCCCGAGCCCAAACUCCACGUCACGGCCGACAACGCCCGCACGCUCGUCCAAUCCAUCCUCAUCGGCAACGGCGUGCCGCCGGCCAACGCCACCAUCAUCGCCAAAUGCCUCAUCGCCGCCGACCUCCGCGGCAUCGACACCCACGGCAUGAACCGCAUCCCCUCGUACAUGACGCGCAUCCGCAACGGCGUCCUCUCGCCGACCGCCGAGCCCACCUACAGCGAAGUCACGCCCGUCGCGGGCCAGGUGGACGGGCACAACGCCUUCGGCUUCCUCAACGCGCACCUGGGCAUGACGCGCGCCAUCGCCAUGGCGCACACCUACGGCAUCGGCAUGGUCAGCGUGCGCCACUCGAACCACUUCGGCAUGUCGGCCUGGGUCGUGCAGCAGGCGCUCGACGCCGGCAUGAUGGCCCUGGUCUUCACCAACAGCUCGCCAGCCCUGCCUGCCUGGGGCGGCCGCGACAAGUUGCUGGGCGUCAGCCCCAUCGCCGCCGGCGCACCCGCCGGCCAAGGGUCGCCGCCGUUCAUACUCGAUAUGGCGCCGAGCGUGGCCGCGAGGGGCAAGAUCUACAAGGCCCUGCGGAGGGGCGAGGCGAUUCCGGAGGACUGGGCGCUGGAUGCGGAGGGGCGGCGCACGACGGAUCCAACGGCGGCGCUGGGGGGGUCGAUGCUGCCGAUGGGGGGCCCCAAGGGCAGUGGCUUGUCGGUGCUGAUGGACGUCUUCAGUGGCGUGUUCAGCGGCAGUGCGUAUGCCGGUGGUGUCAAGGGGCCGUAUGACCCGAGCGGCGAGGCGGAUGUGGGCCACUGGCUGUUCGUGAUGCGGCCAGGCCUGUUUGUCGGCGAGGACGAGUUCAGGAACCGCAUGGACCAUUUGUAUCAGCGGGUGGUGGGCAGUGAGCGCAUGGAGGGCGUGCAGAGGAUCUACUUCCCCGGUGAGCUGGAGAUCGAGGAGCAGAAGAAGCGGGAAAGAGACGGCAUACCGCUUGUGAGGGCGGAGGUGGAGGCGUUGAAUGCUGAGGCGGUGAAGGUUGGUGUGCCGGAGAUGGUGCUGAUGGAGGCGUCAACGACUUGA